AUGAUUGGUGGGUGCAACCCAGACCACCCCGGAUACCGAGGCUUUCUCUACAAUGUUCUUCUUGCUGCUGACAUACUCAGCGAACAAGGCUCUACUGCGGAUCGAAUUGUUUUUAUACAAAUGUCUCCGUCGUACGACGGAGAAGAGCUUCCGCCACCCGAGGUUCGAUUGCUGCAAAGGGUUGAGGUCCAAAUCCGGUACAUACCCAAACCAAUAUCGGAGAGCUUUUACGAUGCCACUUUACAAAAAUUCCGUAUCCUCACACUCACUAAAUACCGACGAGUUCUUUUCCUUGACGCCGAUGUUUUGCCGGUUGCCAAUCUGGACUUUUUCUUUCACCUUUCGGACGCGGGGCCGGAGUCUAUUUUGCGUCCGAACGUAGUUGUGGCAGGCCCUCUUGAGCCAUCCAACGCGGGUUUGUUCAUGCUCCAGCCGGGAGACGGCGAGUACAAAGAGCUACAAGAGGUCAUGCAAAAGCGCAAACAGAAAGUAAAAUCGAUGCCGGGGACUACUUUCGACUCUGUGGAAGGCUGGGGGCACGUCAUGGCCGAGCCGGACUCCUGGCGGUCCACCAAAUAUCGCGGACAAAAUUGGACCUUUCAAGCCGCCCACGGUGACCAAGGGCUCUUGUAUUACUGGGUGAAGUAUCAAAAGAAGAAUGCAUCCUUGAUCUGUGCCAAUCACGUGGAAACAUGGUCCGCUUUACCAAACGGGACAGUCUAUCUACAAAAGCGGAAACGGGACGUUCUCUGGAAUACUUCACGGCCCAUCCAAGUGUUUUACCAGGAGUGUUUAAGAUGGGCACAAAGAACCUGUAUUGCACCUUAUGACUCGUUUGUGCACUUUACAGGGAGAGAUAAGCCUUGGAUACACAAGCCUCCCCGAGAUAUCUCCGAGGAACACAAAAUGAAAUCACGAAAAUAUUUUUGGUGGUGGCGACUGAAAAAGUUGAACGACAAAAUCAAUAUCGGUGUCGAUAUAUUCAACUGGCGCCCAAUGCCUAAGCCGUCUCUCGGGUUGUUCAGUGGGCUGUCCGAUACAAACAAUCGCGAAGAGUAG